AUGACAAAAGUUGCUGUAACAUCAAUGAGUAAUCAACAAUUACCAUUUUGUUCGGUUAAUCAUUUUCUUUAUUCAUUAAUUCGUUCAUCACGUGUUUAUCGUCGUGGUUUAAUAACACAAUUAUUAAAAAUGUUUGAUAAUGAUUCUUCAAAUACAUUAUCAUCAUCAUCAUCAUCAUCAUCAUUAACACUUGAAGAACAAUUAUUUGUUGCUGAUAAUCUUGCUUAUUUUCCAUAUCAAGUACAAGAUGAACCAUUAUUUAUUGUUGAACAAAUUGAUUUAUCCAUAAGUGUUAUUGGUUCAACACAAUUACAACAAUUUCGUGAUUUAUUAAAACAACAUUUAGAUUAUAUUGAUGAUGAUGAAGGUAUUGAUAUGAAUAAAAUUGAAAAUAAAUUAAAUAAUGUAUCAGAAAUAAUAAUUGAUGAAUUAAAUCAAUGUUUACGUACAACAAAACCAACAAUGUUAUUAUUAUUAUUAAAAUCAUAUCUUAAAGAUGUUUAUUAUUUAAAUGAUACAAAAAUAAUUGAAUAUGAUCAUACGGAAUCAACUAAAAUAACUGAUCGACCAAUAUUAACAAGAAAAAUAAAUAUUAAAUUUGAACCAAAAAUAAUUCUUGAUACAAUUAAACCACUAAAUAUAAAUGAUCCAUUACAAAAACGUAAACAAAUAAUAAAAGAAUUUGCUGAUUUUAAACGUUAUUUACUUGCAUUUGAUAUGGAUAUUGAAGAUACAAUACAAUCAAUAUCAGAAUUAUUACCAACAUCAUUAUCAACAUCAAAAGGAAAGAAAAAAGGUAGUAGUUCAAGUAAACGACGAAAAGUUAUGAUCGAUUCUGAUGAUGACAGUGUUAAUGAUGAUUUUUAA